CCAAGUGCAAAAGCGAAGAAGAUGGUGGCUCUCCGGACAAACAAUCAACCGACGUCACCACUCCGUCUGGAAGCGUUAAAAUCAUUAAAAGCGCCUUUACUCGGCCGUUUUGGCUCAUUUUGAAUCCGUCAAGCGCCGCGAACAUUUCAUAUGGAGACAUGGAUGCUUCCAAGCAAACGAAUCCGAAACGCGAGCCUAAUCCGUUUAUCAAGGCCAAUAUUAUCUCCAAAUGGCUGUUCCUAUGGAUGCACAGUGUUUUCCGCAAGGGCAGACGUGAGGAGUUGGACUCAAGUAAAUUGUACGAACACCUGCCAAGCUUCGACAGUGAAUCCCUGACUAGGAAUCUUCAGCCCCACUGGGAGAAGGAGUCCAAGACCAAAAAUCCUAGUCUAAUGCGACUGAUCUUCCGUGUUUACGGCUGGCAGUUUGUUCCCGUCUGUGUGUUAUAUUCUUUGUUGGAAAUGGCCAUACACUCCUUUCAGCCGUUGUUGCUUGGAGGAUUGAUAUCGUACUUUGCAUAUGGACAGACGACAGUGACCAAGGAGAGUGCCUACCUCUAUGCCAUGGGCAUCGUCCUGUGUUCCCUGGUCACCUCUUUGGUGUUCCAUCCCUUCAUGUUCCAUGUUUUUGCGGUUGGAACGAGAGUGAGAUUAGCCUGCGCCGGCCUGGUUUAUCGCAAAUGUCUUCGAGCCUCGGCGAGCAGUGGCGAAGGACUCGGAGCACUGGCCAUUUCGGUGAUGUCCAUCGAUCUCUCCCAAUUCGACUUGACCUUCUACUUCUUUCACGACUUGUGGAAGGGUCCUGUGGAGGCCUGCAUCUUUGGCUACCUUAUGUACCGCCAGGUGGGCUGGACAUCCCUGAUCGGGAUCGCCUUCAUCGUGAUUUUGAUACCUCUCCAAGCUUGGGCCGCCAAAGCUGCUGCACAUUUCGGCUCCCAAUCCGCGAAGCAUCGAGAUGAGCGGGUUAAACUCAUGAAUGAAAUAAUCAGUGCCAUUCAGGUAAUCAAGAUGUAUGCGUGGGAGAAGUCCUUUGGACGACUGAUUGCCUCAGUACGCCAGUCGGAGGUAAAGGCCAUCCGGGGAUCCAUGAGUAUCUACGCCGCAUUGCAGUGCACUAAUAUGAUCUCAAAGAUAUCGCUCUUUCUCAGCCUUGUGGCCUAUGUUUAUGUGGGUGAUCUUGUGACCGCCAAGAAGGUGUUUAUCCUGUCAUCCUACUAUGGAUUACUGAACGAUUCCCUGCUGCACUACUGGCCCAUGGCCAUUACCACUUGGGCUCAGACAUUGGUUAGUGCCCGCCGAGUGGUGGAGUUCCUCCUCCAAGUGGAGAAGCCUGAAGAAGAAUCCUGCUGCCGAGACAAUCCAGGAUUGGAGUUGGAUGCGGAGAAACCAAAACCAGCGCAGAGUGGUCGUCUCCAUUGCGUGAAAAGUGAGGCGAAGUGCCUGAGUUUCCGGAAAGUCAGCGCCAGUUGGGACAAACCGAGCAUAAAGCAUCCCAGGAAGCCCCAUAUUCAGGGCAUAUCGUUCCACAUUAACGCCGAUCAAUUUGUGGGCAUUGUGGGCAACGUGGGCUCUGGAAAGAGCACCCUACUCCAUGCCAUUCUCGGAGAGAUUGAGCUGAUGCAGGGACGUGUGGAGAUCCAUGGCAGGAUUAGCUACGCUGCACAGCAACCGUGGGUGUUCCAGGGCAGCAUCAGGGAGAAUAUUCUUUUUGUAGAGCAGUACGAGGAGAAGCGAUAUCGAGCAGUGGUCCAUGCCUGCCAGUUGGACAGAGAUCUGGAACUGCUACCUCGAGGGGAUGCCACCGUUGUGGGCGAGCGAGGAAUCAGUCUGAGUGGUGGUCAAAAGGCCAGGAUUGCUCUAGCCAGAGCUGUGUAUCGUCAGGCUGAUAUCUACCUAUUUGAUGAUCCCCUAGCCGCCGUUGAUGCCCAAGUGGGCAAACUCCUAAUGGACAAGUGCUUCCAUCGACUGUUGGCCGGAAAAAUGCGCAUUCUGGUCACCCAUCAUGUCCAGCUGCUAAAAACUGUGGAUCACCUGCUGCUUUUGGAAGGAGGAAAACUCACCCAGCAGGGUAGCUAUGAGGAACUGAAAGAUGUGAUCACCCAUCAUGCUGCUCUGGAUCUGGAGGCCAUCGAAGCGGAUAAGCAGCAGGUAAAGCGAGUGCUCAGUCAGGUGGACAGGACCUCCAAGCAGCUCAGCAACGGCGAGGGGGAGGAUCCAACCGCUAACCAAGAUGAGGAUGGCCAUGCAGAGCAGCUACUACAGGGAGCCGUGAGCUACGAUACCUACAAGGCUUACUUUCGGGCUCUGGGAGCUCCAUUCUUGGUCUGCUUGGUACUCUCCAUGUUUGUCUUUGCCCGAGGAUGCCAGGCACUUAUGGACAUCUUUAUCUCGCGAUGGGCUACUUGGGAGGAGGAUCGCGGCUAUGAUUCGGUGGAUGACUACGAAGCCACUCGGACUAAGAUGGUCAUCUGGUACACUGUGCUCCUAUUGCUCACAUUAGCCCUGUUCCUGCUGCGCACCUUUGGCUUCUUUUUCAUGUGCCUGCGAAUCUCAUUGACGCUUCACGAUCAGCUUUACCAUGGUAUUAUCCGCGCCUGGAUGUAUUUCUUCAAUGCAAAUCCUUCAGGAAGAGUACUCAACCGCUUUUCCAGUGACAUUCAGAACGUGGAUGUGAACCUCCCGCAGGCCAUGAUGGAUUCCCUUCAGUUCCUGGUGGAUGUUGUGGCUGUGCUGGUGAUCGUGGCUAUCGCCAACUAUUGGCUGCUGAUCCCAGCGGCCAUCAUGGUGCUGCUCCUGUAUCUGUGUCGUGCUCUUUAUAUAGGCGCUAGUCGAAGUCUGAAACGCAUCGAGAGUUUAACACGGAGCCCAAUAUACUCACACACAAACCAAACCUUCCAUGGACACUCCACCAUUAGAUCCAUGGACGCCAUGCCGCAGCUGGAGCAGACUUUCCAUGGCCACCAGAACACAAACUCUUCUGCUCUUUUCCUCUACGUGAGCGCCAAUCGUGCGUUUUCCUUCUGGACGGAUCUUAUUUGUGUGGUCUAUAUCCUGGCAGUGACGUUCAGUUUCCUGGUUAUAAAUCAGAGCUUUUAUAGUGGUGAUGUGGGCUUGGCCAUUACGCAGUCCAUGACUUUGGUGAUCAUGUGUCAGUGGGGAAUGCGGCAGACUGCCGAAAUGGAGAACAACAUGACCAGUGUGGAACGAGUGCUGGAGUACGCCCAGACUCCAUCGGAGCCACCAUUGGAGAGUCCAAAGAGUGUUAAUCUAGCCGCUGAAUGGCCAAAGGCUGGUCACCUCCAGUUUCGGGAUCUCCGCAUGCGAUAUGCUCCUGGAGAUGAGGACAUCCUGAGGGGCCUGAACUUCGAGUCCAAGCCCAUGGAGAAAAUUGGCAUUGUUGGUCGCACGGGUGCGGGAAAAUCAUCCAUUAUUCAGGCACUAUUUCGAUUGGCACUCAAUGAGGGAUCCAUCGAAAUCGAUGGCUUGGAUAUUGGCCAAUUGGGUCUCCAUGAUCUGCGCAGUCGAAUCUCAAUUAUACCACAGGAUCCCGUUUUGUUUUCUGGAACCCUUCGCUUUAACCUCGAUCCCUUUGAUGAGAAAAGCGAUGAGUCCCUUUGGAGUGCACUAGACGAUGUAAAACUGAAGAAACACGUGGCCUCCUUGGAGGGAGGUCUCUCUUGUCAUAUGAAGGACGGUGGCUCCAACUUCAGCAUGGGUCAGAGGCAACUGGUGUGCCUGGCAAGGGCUAUUCUUCGGCAGAAUCGAGUUCUCGUUAUGGAUGAAGCAACUGCCAAUGUGGAUACUGAAACCGAUAUCCUGAUACAGGAAACCAUACAGACUAAGUUCGCUGAGUGUACAGUUCUUACAAUCGCACACAGAUUGCAUACGGUAAUGGAUAACGACAGUGUCCUGGUUAUGGAUGCUGGCAAGAUUGUUGAAUUUGGAGCACCACACAAGCUUCUGCAGCGCAAGGAUGGAGCUCUACUUAAGCUGGUCAAUCAAAAUGAUGCUGCUACAGUUAAGUUUUUGAAGAAGGUUGCAGUAGAGAGUUACAUGCGCCGCAACAAAAGAGACUCGUUUACAAUAGCAGAGGAGCGACUAGAAGACUGAGCUCGAAACUCCUCCAGAU